AUGGAGUCAGACAUCUCACAAGCCUUCCAGGAAGAACUCACCUGCUUCAUCUGCCUGAACUGCCUUACAGACCCAGUCACCAUAAGCUGUGGCCACAGCUUCUGUCAAGCCUGCCUCCACCUUUCUUGGGAAGACAUCCAGCUUCCUGUCCAUUGCCCUAUGUGUAGGGAACCAUCCGAGGAAAAGGACUUCAGAACCAACAGUGUUCUGAAGAAGCUGGUGUCCAUUGCCAGACAAGCCAGCCUCAUGAAGUACCUGAGCUCUGAGGAGCAUAAAUGUGUGACCCACAAGGAGACAAAGAAGAUCUUCUGUGUUGAGAACAGGAUCUACCUCUGUCAGCACUGCUCUGACUCCCAUGAGCACAGAGGUCACCAACACGGUCCCAUCGAAGUGGCUGCUGAGGGGCAAAUGGAAAGACUUUUACAGCAAAUGGCGUCUUUGUGGGAGAAGAUCCAAGAAAAUAAAGGGAAUAUAGAGGCAGAGAACAGAAUGACAACUCUGUGGACGGACUCCUUGACACUGCGGGAGCAAAUGGUCAGAGCAGAGUACAGGAGACUGUGUCCGGUGCGGGGUCAAGAGGAAAAGCAACAUAUUGAGUGUAUGCAAAACGAAGGCCAACGUGUUUUAGAGAAGCUCAGGAGAAGGGAAGCCAUGAUGGUCCAAAAGAGCCAACAGCUAAGAGAAAUGUAUGAGGAGCUGAUGGCAAUGUCCCAGGAGCCACAUGAGCUACUGCUCCAGGGUUUGGAUGACAUGUUCAGGAGGAGUGAGUCAAUGCAGCAGCAGCUGAGCAUGCCCCAGACUCUGGAUCUAGAGCUCAGCUCUCUACCCAUCAGUGGACUGACUGAAAGGUACAGCCACUUCCAAGUGAACAUUGUCUUCGAAUUUACAAGCAUAUGCCCUAACAAUGUGAAACUCUUUAACAUCAUGAAAAGAUGCAGCUUCAGACCUCAAGGUGAGAAUACACCUUUGGAUUCUGCUGGAACCUAUUCGGCUUCCUGGAAAGCAGAGUGCUUCAUCUCAGGAAAAUAUUACUGGGAGCUGGAUUUGAACAAUUCCUCAGACUGGGCUGUAGGGGUCUGUAAGGAUUCCUGGUUAAGCAACAGAAACCAGCUCAUUGAAUCUGAGGGUGCAUUUCUUCUUGUGUGUGUCAAGGAGGGUGAUCAUUACAGUCUCCUCACCACAUGCCCAGUAUUCCAGCACUAUAUAGAGAGACCACUGGGCCAGAUUGGUGUGUUCCUCGAUUGUGAGGAGGGAUGUUUAAGUUUCCUGAAUGUUGCCAAGAGUUCUCUCAUAUACAAGUAUCCUUCUGGCACCUUUAAUACCUCUGUCAGGCCUUUCUUCUCCACUGGCCCCAUGUGA